AUGGGAUCGAGCCAGGAUGCGAAGUGCCCCGAUGCGGCGGACGUCUGGGUGGAGGCGUCCAGCAAGAUCAGGGUGAGAGGAUCCAGGUACACACAGGGGAAGAUCGACCAGCUGUCGAAGGAGUACUGCAAGCUGAAGGUCGACGAAUUGGGGUACGUGCCUGUGAGACGGGAGGCGCGCAAGUGCGUCUUCGGCGUUUUGGGCCGCAAGAGGAACCGUAAGGUGGCGGGGAGUGGGGAGGCCUGCCAGGUGUGGACCCUGAGCAACUUGGAGCAGGCCGACGUCGAGAUGCUGGUGUUUGGCAAGGCCUACGAUGAGUGCCAGGAAUGCCAGCUGGGGUUGCUGCUGGUGGUCUUCGAUCCAUUCAUACAAUUAGACAAGUUUGGGAAGAGGUACAUGACUGCAGAGCUGAGCGGCCAGAUAAGGGACAUCGGAAUCGCAGUUGACUAUGGCUUGUGCACCUUUGUUGACCAGGGAAAGAGCUGCAAACAGAUUGUGAACAAGAGCGCAUUCACGCUGUGUCCGAAACACGCACAGGCUGGGUACAACCGAAUACUAAAAAGAGCCAACAGUCGAUCAGACAUCGGAGGCAUCCAAGCAAGGCAUAAACUCUUCUUCAAUUACUACGACAGAAGAAAGGCACUGAAAGGUGUUGGGACGAAGAAUCCAAAUGCAGCAGAUGUCACAAGAGUCCGCACUCUUCCUCUGGCCAAUGAGGAAGAGCUUGUGGCAGAGGCCCAACGGUUGCCCAAAAGCUCGCAGGGAAAGAGGAUGCUCAUGGGCAUUGUGGACAAAAUGGGGGGAAAGAGAACAGUAGAGAGGGUGAGGCAAUCAGAAGAUAUCGCCUAUGACCUGCACCUGCGCUCUGCAAGAGACACGGGGCUGAUGGAAGCAGGUACACAGAAGCGGAGUGUUAGCGAGGGAGCCUCUACUCCGGUGUCAAAGAUUCGAAGGGUUUGUGGGGAGAAAUGCAAAGGAAAGGUCCCACAUGGUGCAGACAGCAACAACACAGGCACUGUUCAAUUUAAACUAUCAGAAGCUGGCAAAUGCUGCAACAGUGGGUGCAUGAGCACUCCUGCUAAAAAUUCCACAGCAAAGGCCGAAGGUGAAAGGUUCAUUGAACUCCUGUCUCCCCCACCGGAUGUGGACGAUGUGGAGUACUGGAAAAUGUGGAGUCCGCCAUCGUGGUUCAAGCCAUGUGGAAGACUCAAGCAGAUGCCGUGCACACCCCCCAAGUUCAACAUCGACGGGGCAAUCGCGGUGUUGGCUUGCGGGAAAGGGCAACAUUGA